GUUACUUCCGCAAUGGCUUUCGUAAAUGUUUUGGGCUGGGGCCCCGACCAAGUUGCCGAAUGGUUGAGAGGACUAGAUGAUGUACUACUGCCUUGCGCCCAUGCUUUCAUGAACAGGCAAAUAUCAGGGAAGAUGCUGCUCUCCUUGAAUCACCAUGACCUCAGUAAGAUGGAGAUAACGAAAAUAGGGCACCAAGAAAUGAUUCUUGAGGCCAUUGAUCUAUUGUGUGGACUGCACUAUGGAUUAGAGACUGAGAAUAUUCAAUCUAUCGCCCUGAACAUCGAGUGCAAGUGUCGCAGUUUACAUAAUGACAUCAAAGCACGUCAGCGAGCGUAUGAAUAUCUUGCGUCUACAAUGACCUUGCCUACGAAACUACAGACACACGUGCUCUCUGGGAUAAUUGAUAUUAUAAGCAGUAUUAAAAAUAUGAUAUCUUGGUUGGAUAGAUCACCAUUUGAGGGUACAGAUGAAUACAUGAUGUUGAGACAAAAUUUUACCCAGCAUGCAAUGGACCUGGUUGAAUCGGCACAAAGUGACAAAUCUUCACUUACUGAGAUUGAGAAAAAUAUUAUGAAAACGACCGCAAAGCUGGCAGACAUUUGCGAAGACCUCAUCAAGAAUUCUAAAGACCCACUGAUCAUCCAGCCAGUGUCAUUAGAGUUAGCCACAAUUCGCAAAAAACCUGAUGAAGAACUGGGGAUGAAGAUCCAAUCUACACCACAUGGGACCCACAUUAUAGAUGGCAUUACUGAGCAGUCUCCCGCUGAUCUUUGCGCAAAAAUUGAGGAAGGCGAUGAGGUCAUACAGGUCAACUAUCAAACUGUCAUUGGCUGGCAGAUUAAGAAGCUUGUUGCCGUUCUGAAAGAAAACCCAAAAGAAGUAAUAUUGAUGCUGAAAAAGAGGCCAUGUCAUGCAAGUCUACUCGGAAAUACCCCGAAGAAAAAGAAGAAAAAUAAAAAGUUGCAGAAAUCAACUUUCCCGAAAAGGCGAUCACGUGAUGAUAAAAGUCUUCGUUCACCAAUGCCUGAGUUUCUUGACCCGAUACCUCAAACUCCUUCGGAAGUAUCAUCGCCCACAUCAAAAGAUAACGAUACAGAUAAUGAAGUCUUCAGAAGUGGUUCAGAAUCCCCAAAUCUUCAACUUGACGCCAAAGUACGACGGGCAACAGUCAGUGGAGGCUCUCCCACGCUAUCACAGAGACGAUCUGUAGAUUUAGAGGAUAUACAGGGCCCGGCUCGACCAAAAUCAUACACAAUUAGUUCUCCCGAGAAACCCCAUAAGUUAUUUUCACCAACAAAUGAGCGUAAAUUGGAUAUGAAAUCUCCUGUAUUGGAGGAAGGAAUAGAUGCACUUAAGAGUUUAUCCUCACCAGAGGGCUCUAAUCUUACUCCGAGAACUUCCAAUUCCUUAGAGUCCUUCGGCAGACAGCGUGAAAUCUCGACAACACCAUCUUGGAAAAAGACGCCACCUAUUAUAAAAAAAUCGGAUGUGAUUUUUAAAUUGGAUAAAGACCCCCAAACGACAGUGACACCUCAGUUGACGUCACAGAUCGAAAGUGAGACUCAGCCAGAUUUCUUUGAUAAAGAUGUCGCUAAAAUUGUCGCAACUGAAGAUCGGACAACCCCGAUGUUAGUGAAAAUCAAGAAAAUUGAAUCUUUAAAGCUGUCAGAAUGGGAAAAUCAGAAAAAAGAUGGCGCUAGUGAAGGAUCAGAUGGGGAUGGCACAAAUUCUGAAAGGUCAAGCAGCUCUAGUUACCAAGUGAACAUAGUUGGAGGCGUUGCCCAGGUGAUAAACCCAAAAGAAACAUCAAAUCAGUCUCCCAGUGUUAUCAGACGUAAAAUAAAGGCGAGAAAAAGUGACUGGCGAAGGAUUUCAUGUAAAGAUCUGGGACACGGAGACUGUCAAGGCUGGCUAUGGAAGAAGAAAGAACAUGUAUCAGGGCUACAGCACAAGUGGAUUAAACGUUGGUGCGUCCUGAAAAACAACACUUUGUAUUAUUACAAAUCUCCCGAUGAGAUUAAAGCACAGGGCUUAGUUUGUCUGCCUGGUUUCAAGAUUUCCCCUGCCCCAGAGAGUAAAUCUAAAAAAUAUGCAUUCAAAGCUCACCAUGCUGGAACUACAUUCAGUUUUGCUGCAGAGAGACAAGAUGAUAUGAGCAAAUGGAUGAACAAACUUGGCCUAGCUGCAAUACAGUUUGAUGUCCAAGACCAAGCCAUGGCUGGCUUUGUUAAACAAGAAGACAUUGCUAAAAAUAUUCACCUUGAAAAUACUGGUUACUAUAGCGAGAGUGAAGAGGAGUUGGAGAUGAUCAGUGAUACGUCUAGUCUCCAUUCUCUCUCAGAACUCAGCGAGGGUCAGGAAUCCGAGCCUGAGAGUACUACCCCAGUUCCCCCUAGUGUUCAAAUUACAUCUCCGGUGUCACCCCCUAGUGAGCAAGUGACAACAUUUCCAAAUGUCCAUGUCACGUCGCCAACUAGCGCACAAGUGACGACUCCUCAAAGUCCUCAUAUUAAGUCGCCAUCUGGUGGACAAAUUGGAUCACCCGUGGUCCAGAUGAGAAAAUCGAAAACAAAGCAGAAGGAAAAACACGACGAUAUGGGUAGCAUAGAUGACUUGGUUACGGCUUUCAAAAACAUUCGGUUAGCGGGGCAAUCUAUAUAUGGUGGUGAUCUGCAUUCCCAGCGGAAAAGUGCACUCACGACUACGACCCGAUUAUCUAAAACUGGUCUUCGAAACAGUGCAGAUUUGCUGAGAGGUCGAAAAUUGGCGAGUUUAGAAAGAACAUUAAGGGACACUGAGAACAAAGUGAGUGCUAUAGACGCUUUAUUGACAUCUAAAUAUAUAAGUAGGGAGCAAUUAAAACAGUUUAAGCGGAAGUAUCCUGAUCUGUG